AUGCCCGAACACACCCAACACCCCGAGCCAACGCCUACACCAGCCCCAACAUACAGCGAAGCCCCAGAAGUCGUCACCCCAGACCAUCAGAACCAAGGCCCAGUCAGCCCAUAUUCCGACACCAAUUCAUACACCGGUCAAUCUCUCCCAUCCACCCUACACACAAGCCACACACCAACGCCAGUAAACGGUCCCUCGGAAAAACAAUACCCCCACCAACCCGAUUCCAUCGGUCAAGCACCAGCAUACGACGCGUCGACAUCAAUGUCUGCUCCCCCCGAGAAGGCAUACCCGGGCCAGCCCCUACCACAGUAUUCACAGGCACAAGCGCAAGCUCAAGCACAACUCCAGGGUCACCCGCAGCAGUACUACACGCCUACCGGCCAUUCUAGUGGAUAUGCCACGUCUGUACCGCUGCACUGUGUCCAGUCUGCGCCUUGUCCGGUUGAUUGUCCUGUUUGUGGAGAGCGGGAGAUGACUAGUGUUGAGUCUGUUAGUGGCGGGACUACGCAUGGCUGGGCUGCUAUUCUUUGCUUCUGUUGCUGUCUCGGAUGUAUCCCUUACUUGAUGUCGUCGCUUAAGGAUGUCGAGCAUUCUUGUGGGAAGUGUGGUGCUAAGCUUGCGAAAUGGCAUAAUAGUGGUCGUGUAAAUGUUUUGCAGAAUGGAGCGAGGAAGUGA